UGUUUGCAGUGUAUACACAUUUACAUUCAACAGUGCAAACAGAUGCCCGCUCUUGUCCAACCAGAAAGCACCUUCGGGCGACAUCGUUUACAUCUCCACAAAUUAUCUACGCGAUCACAAUUACCUUCCUUCUCGUCUAUUGAAGUCAAGUUAUAUAUUUUCGAGUCUUGUAGACAUCUGCUUUAGUCUGCUAAGUCUCCAAUGGGAUAAAAGACGGUUUAUCACUAAACUAGAAGUAACCGCCUUAUUCCCAUUUCAUAUACUUGGUCUUAGCAUGAAUGAAACUUUUGGCUUCAAACUGAAUGGCACGAUUGGGCAAAUAAGCAUGGCAUUUCCCAAUGAAACAAGGGAGACAUUUUGUUAUUUUCUCCCAGAUGCAGAGUUUGAUAAGGUACCGUUAAGAUACAGAAGCAACUUAGUAACGGCUAUCAUCAAUAUCGUUUUCGCUCCCAUAGCCGUGCUGGCUAAUUUCUUGGUGGUUUACGUGAUUUUCCGCACACCUAAUUUGAGGCAACCAUCGACAAUUCUCCUUGGUUGCUUGGCGCUCUCCGACAUUUUUGUUGGUUCUCUGGUUCAGCCAAGCUAUGUGGCAUUCCGACUAAUGGAAAAUAAACUUCAUUUCGUCCCUUGUUUCGUACGGAUGUUGUAUUCCAACGGUUUCUACAUAUGUUAUGGAGUUUCUUUCAUGACCUUGAGCGCAAUCAGCUUUGAGCGUUUUGUGGCGUUAACGCUUCAUCUCCGAUAUCGAGCUUUGGUUACGACAAGUAGACUAUUGAAGAUUGCUAUCGUCAUCUGGGCCAUAGAUAUAAUCCUAACCGGUCUACAGUGGUCUGGCAUUAACAAAGUAAUUUGCGCAAUCCAUUUAACUUUGUGGAUUACUUGCCUUCUAACCUCAGCUUUCAUCCACUUCCGCGUCAUCAAGAUAGUGAGAAGACAUCAAAAAGACAUUCGGCAACAGCAACUUCAAACAGCAUCUCUUAGCUUUCACAAACAAACUAAAUUAGCCAUGAACAUUGCCUAUAUUGUAGGCUCUUAUUUCUUAUUCAAUUUUCCCGUAUUGUUUGUAACCACAUUUCAUCAAAUCGCAAGUGGCAGUUUGGGAACUUAUGCAUUCUAUAACUGGACCGAAACAAUCGCAUUUUUGAACUCAUCAAUCAAUCCACUCGUGUGCUGUUGGCGAAAUAGAAAUAUUCGAAAAGCAGUUUAUCGGCUUAUCAAGACUGGAUUUUGCAAUAACGAUAGUAUAGCUACUGAGGAAGAGUUUUCGCACUCGGGAAACAAUAAAUUCAUAGUGAGAUUUGCCGCGAAUGGUCAAAAAACGAGAUACGAUGGCACUGCUAAUGCUGGUUGCCCGGUUGAAUCCACAGACGGUGAUGGUUUGGAUGCACAACAAGACAGGAAUUAGUCAAUGAAUGACUUUUUAUUAUGUGGAAAGAUUUUUUGCCGAUGAUAAUGCGAAACAUUAGGUAAACACUUAAAAAUAAUCAAAAUUGCAACAAGUACAAGUUUACUUUUAGCAACACCUAAGCUGUGGCUAACCACAGCUAUUGGAAAAAAAUCGAAAAUAGUCAUUAGGUUGUUGAAUCAUGAGUAGAAGAACCUUGUUUUACUUUUCUUUUACUGCAGAAGUUACCCUGUGAUGUUCUAGUAAAUUAUAUAAAAAAAUCCGAAAGGCAGACUAUUCAAUAGGCACUAACUGGUCACGUGACUUUUUUGAGGCAAACUAAAGCCAAAAUAAACACAGAAAACACUGCGCCUUUCAAGCCAAAGAAUGACGAAGAAAAUACAAUAUUUAAUUGUAUAAUAUUUAAUAUAUAGCUUAUUCGUAAGCGCUGAAUAAAUUGCUUUUUUGUUGUUGUAGUUUUGACGCCAAAAGCCGAGCGCGCAUUUGCCACCCAAACAGUCACGUGAUCUGUCGCCUAUUAUCAAUAAAUCAUUAUUUUACCAACCACUACUUGUCUCUCAGGGGCGGAUGUUGACAUGAUUUCUUGACAAGGGGUGGGGACGGGCGAUAAUAAAAAUAUGGCGAUAUUUUGAUUUUUCGCAAAUCCUGCAUUACAUGGUUUUCGUUUCAUUGUAAUUAGCAUUUCAAUGAAAACCCCUUUUUGUUUGUAUUUUGUGGUAUUGCUGUAAUAGAAUUUAAGUUGAAGGAAA